AUGGACUCAAUCCUUAGAUAUGAUACGUACUUUCACCCGCCGCAACUUGCAGUUUCCGCACCCCUUUCUGGACUUCUUAUGAGCCCUGCGCUUGCGCACGUCAUCGCCCGGAGAUGUUUCCAAGGCAGACAUAUCGAUAGCCCGGCAAGCCUAGCUGAGGUGACUUGCAAUGAUCUGAUCCUGUACACGGAUUGGACUGGCUCGAUCGGCGCCCUGCAGGUCCACGAUACUCAAGGGACCGGACACGGCUUAGAUGGUCUAACGAGGUCGAGGCAGGUUCACCAUGGAGAUAGGUGGCGAUGCUCGGCUGACAGCAGAUACGAAAGGAGGAAACAGAGCCGCAGGAACGAAAACAAAACAUGCGUCAGCAAGAGCGCGCCCUUUUUGGUCCUCCCGGAGUUUACGAGGCCCACUCCUCCGGAAACCCCCUCCGGUCAUGAGGCGCUCAUUCAACCCGCGAUCGACGUGGGUUCCAAGAAUGAGUCUAACCUCUGCUCGUAUUUGGGGAAGACUGCGCUAACCUCGUGUCGUACCGAGAGAAGUCCCCGCAUCAGAAGGAUGAUGGACGUGGAAGUCGGAACAGAUCCAGCUAUCGUUCAAGGUAUGUUUGACUGGAUCGAAAUCCGCGAAAAGGGAGAAUGCUCGCGGAGGCAGUGUGGUGAUGAUGGAAUGCGUUGCUUCGAGCUUGGUGUUCAUCGUUGGGAAGUCUUCGACAACUCUGAAUCUCAAGAUAUUGCCAUUAAUUGA